AUGUCCGCAGAACAUGACCUUGGGUCUCAACUUUCUAAUGGCACUCGAAUCGUCCAUGGGGUAGAUUCGAUAAUCAAGAAUGCCUUUCCAGCCGAGACAAAUAUCCCCGUUCAGCUUCAAAUCUUCCAUCUCGGCCACAGUGAAGAUAUCAGUAUGCCGGCAAUGAACGGAACGUUUGGGUGCUUACCUUUCGAUAUAAAUACUCGGAUUCCGAUGCAUUUUCAUAUGAAGGUAGCCACAGAUGCAAAAAGUCGACGAUAUGUUGUCGAGAAUAUCCUCGUGCUAGAUGGAGUCGCAAUCGUUGAGCUUAGUGGUGAGAUUUAUGUUGAACUACCAGAGACUCUAGUUAGCAUUGAGGGUGGCAUGCCACACACUUGGACUGCCCGCCUGGCUCGGAUCUGCAAGAACUUGGUAUAUCGCCCGACGAGCAAAUCGUGUCAGAUGGUCAAUUUCUGA